AAUCUUAACGAAAGACUUUCUCCAAUUCGACCAAGUACUGACAGAGAGUUUUCUUACUUCAUGGUACAAACAUUUUUAUCUAACUUUUCGUUGUGAUCGUCUACUAACCUUAGGUACUUUGCUGUUUGCUUCCAAAGAUCCAGCCAAUUCCAACAAAGUUCCUUUGAGGUUUCUUCUUUUUUCCCCUUCCAUCACUCUGUACCGUCUUUUGAUUCCAUAAAAGCAAUCAAGCAAGCAAGCAAUCAAGCUGUUUCAUCUCUGUACAAAGCUCUAGAUACCUCGGUCCCGAUUUUGUUCCAAAGAAACCCUGUUCAAUUCGUAUCUCCGAUCUUUGGGGGGAAACAAAAACACAGACAGCAUCACCACUUUUUUAUUUUGCUUUCAACUAAAAAUCGAUAUCUACCAAUCAACCCGCCACCCCUCUUCUCUUCCUCCCCCCUCAACCACAACCACAACUUGACCGCAGAAAAAACUUCCAUGAGAUUAGAAGCUGUGCGGUUCCCAUACUUUGUAUCUUUAUCGAUCUGCGACAUUCAUUGUUGAUUCUACGGAAGUCGACAACCUGGCUCUUCAAUCAGCUCAAGUUGGAGGAGGAUCUGCGGCGUUAGCCCAAAUGGCUAAGCCAGGCGGAGAACCUUUGGAGGAAUAUGAUGAAUAUGAAUCUCUCCCACCCAAUUUUUCGUUAAUCCAGAAUAUGACUGCGGGCGCCUUUGCCGGAAUCGCGGAACAUACUGUUAUGUACCCGAUCGAUGCAAUCAAGACCCGAAUGCAAAUUCUCAACCCUACCCCAUCCGCAGUCUACAAUGGUGUUUUACAAGGAGGAUAUCGGAUAGCUACCGGAGAGGGACUUUUCAGUCUAUGGAGAGGCAUGUCAAGUGUGGUUGUGGGAGCUGGACCUGCACACGCUGUUUAUUUUGCUACUUAUGAAGCUGUGAAGCAUGUCAUGGGAGGAAACCAAGCUGGUGUUCACCAUCCUCUUGCUGCUGCUACUAGUGGGGCUUGCGCAACCAUUGCAAGUGAUGCCCUCAUGAAUCCUUUCGAUGUUAUCAAACAGCGCAUGCAAAUGCACAACUCGAAAGUUAUGUACAAAUCGAUGAUGGAUUGUGCUAGAUACGUUUAUCGAAGUGAAGGUCUUACCGCAUUCUACGUUUCUUAUCCUACCACCCUGUCCAUGACAGUUCCUUUCACCGCUCUUCAAUUCCUCGCAUACGAAUCAAUGUCGACUUUUAUGAACCCUACUAAAAAAUACGAUCCAUGGACCCAUUGUUCAGCGGGUGCGGUUGCAGGAGGUUUUGCGGCUGCUCUCACAACACCCAUGGAUGUGGUAAAGACUUUAUUACAAACUAGAGGAACAGCGACUGAUGCGGAACUAAGAAAUGUCAGUGGUUUUGUGGAAGGAUGCCGGGUUAUUCAUAGAAGAGCAGGAUUUGGUGGAUUCUUCAAAGGUGUUAAACCAAGAGUGGUUACCACUAUGCCUAGUACCGCUAUUUGUUGGUCUGCAUAUGAGGCUUGCAAGGCUUAUUUUAUCAGGCAAAACAAUGCCGAACUUUAAAUACUUUGGUUCAACGACGCCUGUAGCAUUUCCUGCAACAUUCCCCUUAAUGAGCGAGAUUCCGACUGCGGCUAUGCGAUACCACACGAAUGCAUUUUAGCCGGAAAUAAAGCUGCAGUCACAUGAUAUGAUUUUGUGCUUGUGAAAGCGAUCGAACAUGAUUUACAACAGUUGAGCUUUAUAUGAUGUUUCAACCUGCCAUGUCAAGCUUAACAUCGAUAUUUGCGAGUAGUGAAUGGAUGAGUAUCGUUGGUCGAUCUGUACAUAGAACACCUUUUUUCUUUUUUUCUUUCUUGCUUUUAGAUCUCUUCGGUUUUUGAUGGUACACGAUAUGCGUGCAUGCAUGGAAGGUUUUGAUGAAAUUCUUUGGGAAAGCCAUUGAAGACAGGAGACAUCGAUGUUAUUGAUGGAGACGUUCGUGAAUGAACUUUGGCUGGCGUUCAUCUAGCGAUGGAUGGAUAUGCUAGGUUGGAGGGUGGGCGGUGUUCAAAAAUGAAGGGGGUGGGUAUGAAGAAUACAGCUGGAUGAAAAUCAGCUUUAGAAUGGAUGGUCAGUUUGGGUAUCUACCCGGUGGAUGUAUACUGGCGUGUAGGGAGUGUAUUUAUACAGAAAGGAAAUUCAUUUGGAGUGAUGAGUGAAGAAAGAAAAGAUAAGACAAGAG